GACAGCUUCCGUUAGCGACAUUGGUUUGACUUGGAAAUGUUUUAGUUUUUACGUCUUAAAUGUAGUUAACAGCAGUAUUUAUCUAUAAAAUCUAGAGCUAUUGUUAGUUGGAAUGAUGCUCUUAUAGUUAUCGCUCCAACCCGAUAAAACACAGGCUUUUCUCCGUAUUUUCAGUUAGUUUAAACUUAGCCUGCUAGCUUAGCUCCAACCAAAACUGAUCGAAGUCCAUGAUCUGCAGUCAGUCUAAAUGCCUGUGAAAAGGGCUCUGGUGGACUGUGCUGUGCUGUCGCUACAGGAUGCCUGUGUGUUUUAUCCGUACUGUAAAGGCUGCCUCUCCAAGAUAGACCCCGAACCACUGGACCCGACUAGAUUGAGCUGUUUUAAGUGUGGAUACAGCUGUCUCAGGGAGCAGGUGGAUUACAGAUACCGUCUCUCAGUGAAGGUGGCCCGGAAUACAUGCAUAUUUGGAAUAACAGUGUUCGGGACCUGCUUGAACCCAUUCUUUGGCACCCAUGCAAGUGGCUUACAGAGGUUGGUGGAGGACUUGAGUGGACCAGUAGAAGUAUCAACAAGAUCCACAUUGUUGCUGAAGGCUGUCCAAGACUGCUUUAUUGGCAGACAUUUCAUCUUUGGUAUAAAGGUAACUGAAACAGAAAAUGUUCCUUGGUUGGAGGGAACUAAAGUCUCCAGCAGUAACAACACCGUCCAGUUUAUAGCCAGUCAGAUGAUUCUUCCUAAAGCCAGAUGUCUGGAGGGCUGCACAGUGGUCAGUUAUUAUCAGACUCUUGUUCAGAAAGCAGCAGAAUAUGAGUUAGAAUCAAGAGAUCCAUGCAAAACCCCCAGGCCCCCAGCAACACCCCUGAUGCUGGUUCCAUGUCAUUCAUCAAACAGUAGCUUGUGUAAUGCAACACUGUGUGCCUCUGGAUAUCUUUCUCAAUCACUGCAAAGAUCACAGCAGCAAGACUCUGUGCUCAGUCCCACCCCACCUUGGCAACAGUCAAUGGGACUAGUUACUUCAUCAGCAGAGCAGCAGGAAAACUGUGGUACCCAGGACAACGACAAUGAGUACAGCAGAAUCAUCACUGACAUAAAAACACCACAUCGUACUCAGAGUUUCAGUGCAAAAAAUGGAACAGCAGAGAGAAGGCUGUCCUGCUUAUUUUCUUUGCAGAGCCGUUUUUCUGCUCAAUACCAGUUUUCAUGUUUGGAAAAUGCUGCUGGAAACACUCCUGUGCUCCCUCGUUUGAGUUCCUCCCCGUCUGGCCACACAAUGGCUUUACAACUAAGCUCCAAGGCAAAGGGGUCUUCUGCAGAAGAACUCACCCAGAACAUUCUGACAGACUCCUUAGCUUUGGAAGAUUUGCCUUUCUCUGAGAGUCUGACAGAAUUUUUGUGUGAGGACGACAAAGUUUCUGAAAAAUCAGAAAAAAAUCACAAAGAAUCAAGAAGGUUUUUGGAUAUCACUAAUAGAGCAGCAGUGAAUAAUGGUGGUGAGAGGCAUGAGUUAUCUGAGGUGGCCUGUUAUGACACUUAUGAAUGUGUCAACACGAGCCAAACCGGUGAUGUCCAUCUUCAUCAAUGUGAUCAACAGGAUGUGAAGGCUGAUUCUGAAAAUGAUGAAGAAGGUAGUGUCUACAAUUGUUCAGCUGACCUAUUCAGUUGCUCAUCAGACAUGGAUAGGAGCACAAAGAUGCACCACAGCAUGGCUCUAGAGACUUUGAAGAUCACACCUAGUGUGAUCAGAAAUACAGAAACACUGCAUACAUAUUCAUCAGCUGAAGUUCGCUCACUGCACUGUAAAUCAGACAAAGAAUACCCAAAGAAUGGAACGGCUCAUGUCACACCUUCAACACCAGACAAACAGAAUCUGAAAAGGAGUAAAUCCAAUACAAGAGACAGUUUGGGCACUCAAGAUUAUUUGCAGACUCUUGAGUUCAUCCCUCCGUCUCAGUCUACACCUGUUGUAAAAGUAUCUCUGGUUUCUGGAUCACGUGAAAAACCACAAAAAAUCUCCUCUCCCAUUUGCAGAGUAAACUGUGUCAGUUCAAACUCCCUGGAAUUUUUGAAAGAGGAUGUUGUGUGUAGUACGACAUACUGUAGACACAGCAACAAAUUUACCCCAAAAAGGAGUUUCUGGAAAUCGGACAAGCAUAAACUCCACUUUCAGGCUCAGCAGCAGGUCAGGUUCCGGAGAGGGGCUCUAAACACGGGGUCAAGGAGAAGAACAAACCAGAAAUAUGAAUCAGAUGUUUCUGUUUGUGACUAUGAAGACAAAGAAGUGAUUGUCCCUCCUACACCUGCUGCUAAAACACAUCUGAACACAAAGAUCCAAAGAAGCAAGCACGCUAAUACGAGUAGUUUUACUUGGGGAGGGCAAUGGGUGGAAGGGGAAAAAAACUGCUGUAAAAGAAAACUCUUAGAGCAAACUGUCAGAACAGAGAGCGAUCCCAUAGAAAGAGAAAGUAAUGUCUGUUGUCGGCCAUGUAAUGGUGAGAUAUCAGAAUGUGAUUUCAUAUCAGCUGACAAGGAAGUCUUGGAAGGAUGCAACACUGACCUCUUAGGUGAUGAAAACGAGGAAUGUAAUUGGUCUAGAGAUUUAUUCUCUGAUUAAGUCUGAGAACUUUACAGAUUGUGCCAAGUGUAAAUUGUUUUCAGUGCAUCUUAAGGUAAGAAUCUUGUGAUGCUGUAGGACCUAAAAGAAGUGUACAUUCAGUAACGCUGCUGCCAGAAAAGAGGCUGUUAAAAUAUACUACACGAAGGAUUGUAAUGUGUCUCGACUGCGCAUGUUAUCCACUUAAUUAUUUUAAGCUUUUAUGAAACAGAAUGUUAAUCAUUUUUUAUUUAUGUACAUCUGCUCUUCCAUAUUUACCAUGUCCACAUACCUUGCUGUCAUAUCUGGAAUCAUUUAUAAUCCUGUGUUUGACAUUGGCUUUGCAAGCUCUUGAAUUCUGUUUGAAGUGCAGUUGAUAAAGUCAAGGAAAACUACAACUGAAGCAUGCAGUGAAAAAGAUUGUUUGGAAACAGUUUGGAAAACACAAAAGCUUUGUACAAUGAAAAAUGCAUCAUUAUGUAAAACCAAACCACAGAGUUACAGGUGAAAUCUGCACUGUUGUGGUUCUUGGUGUUACAGAAUGAAAUGGCUUUGCACGAUAUGGGGCACUUUAAUAAACAAUGAUUUGUUUAGUACUU